CGGGUGCAGCGAUCGGAAGCCGUUCGAAAGUACGCUCAUCUUCUGCAAACCAGCGUGGACAAGAGCACAAGGCUUCGGUAUUUCCUUCAGCAAUUACAAAAUGAGAUUUUAACGCAUAGUGUGACGUCGAAGAAGUUUCAAAUGCAAAAGCAAGCGCUCGAAGAUCUAAUGCAAGAAGACAGUGAAGAAGAUUUACAGUUCAAGAAAUACGGACUGAUUUCCCCGAGAAAGAUGAGAAAGACAUCGUAUUUGUUAUCAGAAGAGGAGAAGGAAAGCCUACGGAAAGACGUGGAGAACGCGUUUGAAAGCAGGCAAAGUAAAGUCCAGGAUACAAGAAGUCUCCCGGUUGAAAAACUCACCACAGCUACGGAGAGAAUACUCACAGAAGGCUUGAAAUCUCGGUUGGGACGAGAGAACGAGGAAAGCUCGCAAAUGUCCAAGUUGAUGCAAGAGGCGAAGCAUCAGAUUAAAGGUUUGGAAAAGAUACAAUCUUUACAUGUCGAAGAGUCGAAGCGAUUGGAGGACAAAGUAGGAACGCAGCUUAAAGCCCUCGAAGCCGAGCUCAAAGAUUUAUCAGACGAAUUAAGAUUGGCUCAGGUUUCAAAGAGGGAGGACGAAGAAAAGCUUAGAUCCAUUAGGAAGUUCUCCACGGCAGAUACGAAAGUUGAAAGUAUCAGUUUAGCCCGAAGAGCAUCGCAAGUUGAGAAGUUAGACCUUGAGCGCGCCAUUAACAGUAUGGAAAGAAGGAGUGAAGAUUCCACAAACCCAAUUUCACCCAUGGAGAGUGAAAUACUGUCAAUGAAGCAAAAAAUGGCGGCCAUGCUGGAGGAGAAACUCAUGCUCUCAGAUGAGCUGAUCGAAUCUCGCACCAGUCUCUCCAACCUAGAGAGCCUCUUGGAAAGCAGAAGUUUGGAAAACGAGAAAAUGGAACAGGAACUCACAGAAAAGGAAAAACGGAUUUCAUUGACGGAAGAGCAGUUAAAAGAAGCUCAGAAAGAAACGGCGAAUCUGAAGGAAGAAUUAGAGACUACUAAGAACGAACUGUCGUCAAGGGAACGGGAGGAAAUAGCACAACCAGAUAAAGUUAAAGAUCGACCACACAGAGUGGAACUCAACUUUACUCCUAAUAUCCAACCAGCAAACUUAAAGGAGGAACUCUUAGCCGUAAGACGCAGUAGUGUCACGCAACCCAACAGAGUGCCGGGCACGGGAUCCCUGGGAGUCGAUAAAGGAGUACAAGUGGGCGGAAGUGGACACCGAAAGCUCGAAAGAAUGCGAUCAUUUGAAAGUCUUCGCAGUGUAAGACGAAGAUUGUCCUUGGAUCAAACCGUCAAUUUUGCCAACAAGGUUGAGCGUAAAGUUAGCAAAACCGAAGUGCGGUUAGUACAGAGAGCAGAAAAAGGGGUUCAAGUUGACAUCGAUGAAGCAGAACUUGGCACCACACCAGAAAAUUCCAAGAAGGAUGAGGUUUUAAUAGCAAAUUUAACUAAAGAGAAUCGAGAGCUGAAGGCAAUUAUGGAACAACAAGGUCGAGAGAUCGCGAGCCUUGAAAAUGAAAUCAAGAAACUACGGGACGACAAGAAAGCUUCUUACUUAGACGGUGAAGAUAAUGCGCCUUUCAACCCACCAAAGAGAUUAUCGGAGUUAUGGAAGUCUCUUGAGGAAGCGAGACAGGAAAAGGCAGAGGCAGAUAAGAGAAACAAGGAACUUCAAGAAAAGUUGAAAAAACAAGAUCAAGAGAUACAAGUAAUUCUCGGGAAUUUUAAACACCAGAAAGACGAACACGUGUUACCUAUACCGAAUGAAGUCAUCAACAACAAUUAUUUCAAGGAAAAUCAGAACAUGACCACUGAACAAGGUCGUUCAUUAGAAGAGCUUGUGAGGGCAAGUAAGACGAACUGCCUCAGUCAUGAAUUUGUUUUUGACACUGAAGACGGCCGCGGCGUCCCAAAUGAGCUACCUUUGGAGCGAACAAGCAAGAACGAGCAAAAUAUUUCAAUGUUAGAGUCGGUGAUUGACCGCAUGAAGAAAGAUCUGGCAGCUUCAGAAGAGCAUGGUAGAGAAUUGGAAACAGAGCUAUACAGAAAGGAAGAUGAACUGCGGAAAGCUGAAAGAGAGAUUGAAUUGUACAAAACGAAACUUUCCGAAAUGAAGGACUGCCUGGACGAAAAAAGCGAAGAAAAGGAUUGCGCUGGUACAGAAGUUCUUCAGUACAAAACUCAAGUGUCAGAUUUGAAUACUUUGUUGAUGGAAACAAGGAAAGAAAAACUAAGAGCCGAAGAAGAUGUCCAGCGACACAAAUCACAAAUUUCAGAAUUGUCAGCGUCCCUCGAUCGGACAAGAACAGAAAAAGGUCAUCUUGAAAAUAACAGUGAACUGUUCAAAUCCCAAACAUCGGAGCUCAAAUCCUCGUUGGAAAAAGCAAAAAGAGAAAACGAAAAGUCAACUAAGGAGAUUAUUCAGUGCAAUUCUCAGAUUAAGCACUUAGAAAAUUCUCUUGAAGAAGCAAGGAUGGGAUUUCAAACAGCAAAAAAGGAAAUUGAAAGUUUCAAAUCUGAAACUUUGCAACUGAAAACAUUACUUGAUGAAACAAGAAUAGAGAAACAAAAAGCAAGUGAAAAUAGUCAGUCAAGGAUUGCAGAAUUGAAAUCAUCGCUGGACAACUCCAAGAAAGAGCUAAAUUCCUCUAAAAAGGAGAUUGAACUGCAGAAGUCCGAAAUUAUCGAACUGAAAUCUCACCUCCAAAAAACACAGCAAGAAAACCGCAAAGCCAUGGAUGAAAGAGAACAAUACAAAUCAGAUAUUUCGAAAUUGGAAGCCUCGCUUGACAAAACACGAAAGGAGAAGGUCGAUGCCGAAGAAGAAAUUCGAAAGAAAAAGUCUGAAAUUUUAGAUUUGAGAUCUUCGCUUGAUGAAAGAAUGAAGGAAAACGAGCGUGUAUAUAGUGACAUCAAGAGGUACAAGUAUCAAAUGGAGGAGUUGACAGCGUCACUUGAAGAUUCCAAGAAAGAGAACAGUUGGAACGUGAAAGAAAUUAACAGAUAUCAAGACGAAAUUUCUGAGUUAAGAGUUUCACUUAGCAGAUCAGGAAAAGAAAGUUCCAACGUAUCUAAAGAAUACGAGUUGUGCAAGUUCGAAAUUUCAGAUUUGCAAGCUUCGCUCGACGAGGAAAGAAAAGAAAAUCGUGCUACCAAAACAACGAUGGAAAGAUAUAAAUCUGAGCUUUCGGAUCUGAAGAAUUCUUUGGAGAAGGCUAAAGAGGAAAAUCGUACUGCCACCAUCGGUAUUGAAAGGUAUAAGAGCCAGAUUACAGAUUACCAAGAGUCGCUUAAAGGAGAGAGGAAAGAAAAUGUCGCAGCUGCGAACAUAAUCAAGGAGUGUGAAUUAGAAAUCUCGGACCUGAAGAAGUAUCUAGAUUCGGCUAAAGAAGAAAACCAGAAUCUAAAAUGUGACAUUGAACGUUAUAAAACGCAAAUUUCAGAUCUACAAGCUUCGCUCGAAGAGGAGAAGAAAGAAAAUCUCGCUGCAACGAUGGAAAUUAUCAAGUAUGAAGCAGAAAUAUCUGAUCUGAAAAAUUCUUUCGAGAAGAAUAAAGAAGAAACCUUCACUGCGACCAACAACAUCGCAAGUUAUGAGACUCCGAUUUUAGAUACGCAGGCAGCGCUCGAAGAUAGAAAGAAAGAAAAACAUAGACGUGAAAGUCGAACUAUUGAACUUCAAAGUGAGAUUAGCAAAAGAGAAGAGACAAUGCAAGAAUACAAAAUAAAAGAGGCAGAAACGCGACUCGAAAAGGAAAGGUUGGAAACUAGUAACUCCAAAUUACAAAUUACGAUUGACAAUCUUAAAAAACAGCUCAUGGCCGCUGACGAGAAGGUGAAAGACUUGGAAAAUCAGGCUGAAGAAGACAGCAGAACCAUUUCACAACUAAUGGAUGAACAGUCAGCAGUGGGACGUCUUCAAGAACAAAUUAAAGUGCUGGAGACAAAACUGAGUGUGAAAGAUAAGAACCUAGAGCAAAAGGUGGAAGAAAUUAUUGAGAGAGACCAACGCAUUGAGCAAAUAGCACGGGAGAACGAGGAACCCCAGAAAAAGAUUCAAGAAAGUCAUAGCAAGAGCGAAGAGGAUUACGUCGAUUUUGACACAGUUGAUGGAAAAACUGAAAUAAAGGUCGAAGCUGGAAAUUUACCCGAGAGCAGUCCUGAAAUAGUUGACGAUCCCAAAAUCAUCGAGGACUUGGGGAAUGAAGUUGUGGAGUUCAAAGAACAGUUGCAAAUACUUCAAACCGCAUUGAAGGAUAUUCAACAAGAGAAAGCCUAUUUAGAAGACACCGUGCAGGACUUAAGGAAUGUCAAGAAAAGCCAGGAAAAAGAAUUAGAUCUACUCAGACAGCAAAUUCAAUUUCUUGAGAGCAGUGUACAGGACACCGAGGAAACUCUGGAAAAGAACGCGCAACAGAUGGUAGAUAAAGAGAAAGAGCUGCGAGAGCUUGUCAAGGAAAAGGUUGUAAAGGCGAGCCAGAUUGAGAGCCUGGAGACGAGUUUAAGUACGACGCUUCGGGAAAGAGACUCUACAUUAGCAGCGAAAGACGACUCCUUCGAACGGCUGCAGGGCGAGAACGAAAGGUUGGUGAUCGAGGUGGAGCAACUGAAAAUGGAGGUACAGAAACAAUCUUUCGAUUGGCAGGAGAAGGCCAAGAUGGAAGCAGAUUUUCAAGGCGUCUCAGACAAGCUGAAGGAAGCUGAGUUGAAAUAUCUACUUACUAGGGAAGAGAAGGACAAAGUUGAAAAGGAUUUGAAGCAUACCACCGAACGAAUGAUCAUGCUACAGAACGGGUUCAGCGACGCUCAAGCUAUGGUCAGAACAAAAGAGGACAAGAUCAAACAGCUGACAGCAGAGAAUUUCGAGCUGCGCUCACUGGUUAAAGACAAAGAUGAAAGCCUUUAUCGAGAGGAGAAACUGCGCAUGGAAAACAUGAAAUCUUUGGACGCGCUGAAGAUCAAGUUAGAGAAAAUGGGAACGGACGAGAAGAAACAGCGAGAGCGGUUGUUUAGCUUAAAAUCGGCGUGUUCGGAGGCAAACGAAGCUUAUGAGAUUGUCAAGAAGCAAAAUUACGAGAUGAAGCGAGACAUGGAAGAUGUAAAGAAAAGGCUGAGCGAGAAAGACUCCGCGCUGGAAAUUUCGGAGAAGGAGAAGGAGAAAAUGGAGGAGCAGAUUUUAAACGCGUCACGAACAAUCGAAGACUUGCGAAAGAGCUCCCGAAGAGAUGAAAGCGUGUCGCCGGAUUCAGCCCUGGGAAUCUCUCUAACGUCCGCGUUUGAGUUCAGUUCUGGUCCCAACAGCCCGAACUCCGUAGCCUCAGAUAACGCGUUCUCGGGAGAAAGUUUUGGCCAGGAAACCGGGCUGCUGUGCAAGAUGCCGACCAUGAUCGAGAAUUUCCGAGCGGUUGUCCAAGACAACGAAGCACUUCGCGGGAAACUUUACGAGGCCACCGUGCAGAAGGAAAAACAGGAAAGCCAAGCGAAACAUCUUUCUCAGGUAAACGAAAUGCUGAAAAGUGAUGUGGCUGUCAAGGAAAAAAGCGUCCAGGGCCUGGAAGACAAAGUCAAGUUGUUGGAGGACGAGACUCGCGAUGCUAGGAAUAAAUUUGUCGAAUUGGAGCGCAGUUUUGCCGUGGUGUCCACUCAAGCCGACCUCUUGAAAACGACGCUGGAAAACCGAGAGAAAGACUUCGCAGAGUUACAUGAGAAGGUUGAGAUACAAGAGGAAAAGGAGAAAACUUUGGAGCUGUACUCCAAAUCAGUGGCCGAGAAAUUUGAGUAUGAAGCAAGUGAAAAGAAGAAAUACGAGGUCCUGUCUCGACAGUUGCUUGAAGAAAGUACUAGUCAGAAGAACCAGCUUGAAAGCAUUGAGAAAAAGCUUGCAGCCUCGCCGAGCGAUCGCGACGACAUUUUCUUUUCCGCACAUGGUAGUGUUCCCAUGGCAACGGUGGAAGACAAAGUUGACGUCGUUCUGAAGAAGAAGAAAGAUUUAGAAGUACUGGUGUCUAACUUACAAGCUGAAUGUGCUGAUUUACAACUGGCGAAUGGAGAGCUGCAGAAAGAUCUCACUCAGUCCCUGGAAUCGGAGAAACUGAGGCGAGAACUUGAAGGAGAACUCAGAGCAACACGGAUUCGUGACGAACAAGCGAAUGCUAAAGUCGUUAAUCUUGAAGAACAAAAGAAAUCUUUGCAGAAUGAAAACAAAAGCUUGGAAGCGACGAUUAUGGAGUCAAAAAAGAAAGAAGAGGAAUUGGAAAUCAAGGUUGGCGCCAUGAAACAGACUAUAACAGAACUGGAAAAAUCCAACGAAAGUUUCCAAACGGAGAACGAAAAUCUGAAAGAUAAUCUGCGGAGAGCCGAUGAAGAAAGUUCUAAACUGGCGAACGAACUGAGGUUGAUCCAAGAGAAAAUGGCCGAGAUUGAAAUCACGAACGAUGCAUUCCAAGCUGAAAACGAGAAGCUGCGAACUGACAUCAUGGCGCUAUCAGAAGCAAAGUGUGAUGUGGAGUUGACCAUUUCUGAAACAGAGAGGCAGAUAAAGAAACUCAAAGAAACCUCAGAUAAAGAGAGAGCGAACAGAGAGAUCAUUGAAGUUGAGAAGAACGAAGCUUUAAAUCAGUGUGAGGAACUGCAAAACGAGUUAAACAGAGCGAAAAACCGUCUUGAAAAAACGGAGGAAAAGCAGAAGGAAGCAGAGAAAUCAGUUCAAGAAAUGGAAAAGAGCAAGUUUGAUUCGUCUUCAGAGAACCGACGGCUUAACGAAGAAUUGCAGUUAGUCAAGAAAGACCUGUCGGAAAUGGACGGACGAUACAAGAAAUCGAUCCAAGAAGAAGAGAAUCUGCAACAGAAACUAAAGCUGGCUAACUUGGAGGUGGCUAAGCUGAAGACUGCAAAGGAGAGUAGUGCUAAGAGAAACGAAACCUUAGAAAAGAGCCUCGUGGAAUCAAAAGGAAACAAUGAAGAGCUGGAAAUAUUGCUGAAGAAGACUCGCUUAGAGAAAGCGAACGUACUGAAAGAUGUCAGCCUAAAAGACAAAGUUAUUCAGCAACUGGAAGCGAACAAACAUGAACUGGAGGAAGAAAGGCAAAGUCUCACAAACGAUCUGUACGUCACCACAAGAAAGGUUUUAGCUCAACAACAAAAUGCUGAGACCUUGAUGAAUGAAAUAAAUCAUCUAAACCGCGAGAUGAAAGGAGCUAUCAAGAGCGCGCUGAACAAGGAAUUGAAAACAACAGAGGACGAGAAACCUUCGCAAGGAGAUGGCGAGACCAUUGCUUCAGACAGUGAGGUGCUGAUGCAAAAUUUGCGACAAAGUAUCCGAGCUACCGAAAGAAAUCUCGACUUCUUCCGCUCCGAGGCUAAAGUACCGGAAGUAGAAUCCAAGAGUUGCCAACGAGAUGUUGAAUUUAUCAAUAAGGAAUUUGCGCUUCUUAGCAGUCAGGUGACUUCGUUUUCCACCACUUCUAACAAGCUGUGCGAUGAAAUUAAGAAGCUGAAGGAAGAUUUGACGCAGAAAGAAUCCCUGCUAGAGGAAACAAAAGAAAAGUACGAUAACUUGAAGGAAGAAAACCUGGAAAAUCGCGAAUCUAUUAUUCAACUACAAAGCAAAUGCACUGAGCUUGAGUCACUGUUUGGCGAGUACGAGAACAAAGCGGAGAAACAACACUCAGAACUGGUCCGCGCAAACCAACAAAUGUCAACUUUGGAUUCAAAUCUGCUGAGAGCCGAACAGAAAAAGACCGCCCUCGAGAAAGAGCUACUGGUGUGCCAUGAGAAAAUCUCACAUUUGGAGGCAAAUACAAGAGCGAUGAAGGACGAAGGACGAAAUGACAAGAAAAAGAUCGCCACGUUAGAGGCAGAAUACACAGAGAAGCAAACCCUUGCGCGGGAAUUGGAAAACACCGAGGCGACACUCAGGGAUCUGAGGGGAAAAUUCGAUGAUGCCCUGAAGGAGAAAGAAGAAGCGAAAGCUGAGCUGUAUGGAAUAAGAGAAGAACUGCGGCAACAACAGGCAGAAUUUAAAAAUUCCCGUAAAGAGGUCGACCAUUUAAAGAAGCAGAUGAAUUCAGAGAAAGACACGCGGCAGAAAGUUGAGCUUGACUUGAACGAAAACGCCGCCGUUUGCAAAACAUACAAGAACAACCUUCAAGAUUUAGAACGCUCGCUGGCAAGAUUGCGAGAGGAGAAUUCCGAUCUCGAAGAAAAAGUCAGCAUUUUAGAGGCGGCGGGAAAUGCCUUGAGGAAGGAGACGGAACUACAGGCCAUAGAAAUGAAGAGGCUUGAGGAAGAGCUGGCCGACUCGAAGGAAAAGCAUUGGAACCUUUCCAAGAGCCAUGAAGGCAGCGAAAAAGAGAGAAAGAAGUUGGUUAACGAGAAGAUUGUCUCGGAGGAGAGGAUCACAAAGCUGGAGGGAGCCUGUAAUGAGCUGCUGAAGGAAAAAGAAACGAGUUCCAGUAAAGUUCUAUCGCUUAAUGAAGCUCUGGAAGUUAUCAUCGCCAGCAACGAAGAAACCGCAGCCAAUUUGAAGACCGAUCUGCUAACAACAAAGAAAGAACUCUCUGUAACAAAAAGCGCUCUUGAGAGGAGGCAGAAACAAGUGGAAGAGUUGCAAGAAGAAUUGAAAAACGACGAGCUAAAGAUGAGAUCACUGGAAGAGAAGAAACAAGAAGUCUUUGAGAAGUAUUGGACUAGUCAGAACGAGUUGACGGAAGCUGAAGGGACCAUAGACAACUUACGAGCGGAAAACAAAGAACUUAAACAACAGUGCGCCACUAGCGCCCAGCGAAUCCAACAUCUUCAGGAGACGCUACAGUCAGAGAGAGAAACCAACGAGAAAGAGGUGUCAGCCUGGAGCGACCAGAUGAACAAGUUGAAGACACUGCAUCAAAAGGUGAUCGAAGAACGCGGCAACCUCGAGCGAGAUUUAGAGCAUACUCAGGCAACGUUAACGAAGACCGAAGAUGAUCUUAAACAGACCAGUGAAGUUAUGGGCGAGAAGGAGAGAGUUUUCAGCGCCGAUGUAACCAAACGAGACCAAGCUUUGGAAGAUUUGUCAUUGCAGAACACAAACGUGACAAACGAGCUUGCCAAGACCAAAGAUGCACUGACAAAAACCUGCGCCGAAAACGACGACCUUAAAGAGCGACUUGAUCUCACUACUGAGAAGGUAGACUGGUUGGAAAAAGAGCUCCAGGAGCGAAACGCUGAGAUUGAAGAUUUGUUGGCUGAAGCGCAAGCCAAAAUGAAUGUUGUACGCAAAAUGAAAGCCACAAACAGCGGUGAACACUUUGCUGAGUUGCCUUCAUCAGAGUUUAUGGCCAGAGAUGAUGAGGAGGGAACUGAUGGCGUUGACGCCCGACCGGUUACACCUUUAAACACAUCAAUGAAAGACGUAGUGGACUCUUUCCAUAAGGCGUGUCUGUCAUCUUUCAACGAUAAUAGAGCACUCCAACAAGAGUUGAAUGCCAAAUCAGACGAAAUGGCGCGUCUGGACGAAAGUCUUCAAAAAGAGAGGAACAAUGCAUCGGAGGUGAAAAGGUACCUCCAGGAUUUAGAAAAGAAGAAGGGGAAAUUAGAAGACGAAGUGAAGAGAUUGAGAAGGCGCCUAGAAGCGUUGAAACUUAAAAGCGUGGAGAUGGAGAAAGAGAAGGAUAACGAAAUUACCGAAACUAAGGGAGAAAAGAUAUUGCUCGAGAAAGAACUGUGGAAUAUGAAGGAAGCUUUAGAAGAAGCAAAGGUCAAGCGGAAGACCGCUGAGGAAGAAAAAGAAAGGUAUGCCAAGGAUUUGGAAUCUUCGCGCAAGCAGAUCGUUGAUGCAAAGAGCGAUAUCAAGGGAAGUCAACAACAGUUUGACGCACUCCAAGAAAACAUGUUACAGUUAAAGAGAAGAACGUUUGAACUGGAAGCAAACGAAAGAGCAACACAGCAACUCAUUCAAGAAAAAGACAGAGAGCUGUUCGCCAGCCAGUUAAAGAUCGACGAGCUUGAAAAGUUGUACGACACCGCUAACGAGAAAAAGACGGAGCUAUUUACAAAGCUCUCCGGAGCGGACGAACGCAUAGCAAGCUUGGAAAACGACUGCAAGGAAAAAGCUGUGGAUAAAGCCAACCUUGAACACGAAAUUACAGCGCUGAAGGACAGUGUGAAAGACAAAGCUACAAGGUUAGAGAAAACAGAAAAGGAAUUAGACGACUCCCGUGAGAAAUGCGAAGAACUCGAGAUCCAGCGAGGAAGCCUUCAAGCAACCAACGAGAUCCUAAAACAUCAAUUAGACGCCACGAAGAAGGAGUGCUCACAAUUUCAGGCAUUGCUUCAGAAAGAAAAAGAGCUUUGUAGUACUUUUAGUGGUCAACUGAACGAAGUAAAAAGCGAAAAGGAGAUCCUCGAUCGUGAGUUGAAGGGGGUCCUUGAACAGAAGGAUCACAUACAACAGAUGCUGAAUAAAUCGGAAGAAAACUUGAACACUGCUGAAGGCAAAGCUGCGAACUCCUUCCACGAGAUCGAGAAUCUUAAACGACAGAUGAUCAAGGUCCAGAGUAGCGCAUGCGCUGAUUCUGCGCGCAAACAGCUGGAGAUUGGCAAGCUCAGAGCUGAGGCUGAGUCGCUCGGAAAGGAGUUAAAGGACAAAGAAAGAGAGCACAAUGAGAGCCUCACCAAGUUCAAAGUUACAGAGAAAGAGAACGAGUUCCUGAAGAAAGACCUGGCGCAGAAGCACAACCGGGAAUCGGAGUUGAAACUCGACCUUACAUCCACCAAUAGCAAACUCCAGAGUUAUGUAAUCGAAAGAGAAUGCUGGGAACGAGAAGUGAAGUCUGUCUUGAGCGAAAUGGAACAGCAAAAGAACGCCAGCCAAUCGAAGGAAGAGAAGCUUGAGCGACUGCGCACGCGUUAUGAGAACGAGAUCAAGUUCUUACAAGAACGCGUGGAGGCCCUGGAACGAGAGGUACGGAUCAUCCAAGAAGCCAGUGAACAGCAGCGUCACGCUGACGAAAUUGCGUCCAAGCUCGCGCUCGAGUCCAAAGACAUGGAAAUUGACAACCUUAAGCUCCGUCUCCAGGCAACUAGAAUGCAUACCAGUGAGAAAAGUGACGUGUUGGAGAUCAUGAAAGACCAGCUUGACGAGCGCACCAGGCAGAUUACUGACCUCAUGGAGCAGCUGCGGAUGCUGAAAGAGAGUUAUCACCUCGAGUUAGGCAGCUUGCAUGCCGACCUUAAAUGCGCUCAGAUGGAAAACAUGCUGCAGAAGCGCGGAGAGCUUAGUGGAAGCUUUGGAUCCAGGCAGGAAUCAGAGUUGCUUGACGCCAUCAAACAAAGCAGAAAAGAAUCCGAACGACUGAGAAACCUUCUUAAACUCAAGAUGAAAGACAUGAAGUCCCUGAGAAAGCAUAUUCUCUCCGAGAGAGUAAGUGGAACUAGAAAACCUGGAUAUACAACGUAUAUCGUCGAUGCAAAGAGCGAUAUCAAGGGAAGUCAACAACAGUUUGACGCACUCCAAGAAAACAUGUUACAGUUAAAGAGAAGAACGUUUGAACUGGAAGCAAACGAAAGAGCAACACAGCAACUCAUUCAAGAAAAAGACAGAGAGCUGUUCGCCAGCCAGUUAAAGAUCGACGAGCUUGAAAAGUUGUACGACACCGCUAACGAGAAAAAGACGGAGCUAUUUACAAAGCUCUCCGGAGCGGACGAACGCAUAGCAAGCUUGGAAAACGACUGCAAGGAAAAAGCUGUGGAUAAAGCCAACCUUGAACACGAAAUUACAGCGCUGAAGGACAGUGUGAAAGACAAAGCUACAAGGUUAGAGAAAACAGAAAAGGAAUUAGACGACUCCCGUGAGAAAUGCGAAGAACUCGAGAUCCAGCGAGGAAGCCUUCAAGCAACCAACGAGAUCCUAAAACAUCAAUUAGACGCCACGAAGAAGGAGUGCUCACAAUUUCAGGCAUUGCUUCAGAAAGAAAAAGAGCUUUGUAGUACUUUUAGUGGUCAACUGAACGAAGUAAAAAGCGAAAAGGAGAUCCUCGAUCGUGAGUUGAAGGGGGUCCUUGAACAGAAGGAUCACAUACAACAGAUGCUGAAUAAAUCGGAAGAAAACUUGAACACUGCUGAAGGCAAAGCUGCGAACUCCUUCCACGAGAUCGAGAAUCUUAAACGACAGAUGAUCAAGGUCCAGAGUAGCGCAUGCGCUGAUUCUGCGCGCAAACAGCUGGAGAUUGGCAAGCUCAGAGCUGAGGCUGAGUCGCUCGGAAAGGAGUUAAAGGACAAAGAAAGAGAGCACAAUGAGAGCCUCACCAAGUUCAAAGUUACAGAGAAAGAGAACGAGUUCCUGAAGAAAGACCUGGCGCAGAAGCACAACCGGGAAUCGGAGUUGAAACUCGACCUUACAUCCACCAAUAGCAAACUCCAGAGUUAUGUAAUCGAAAGAGAAUGCUGGGAACGAGAAGUGAAGUCUGUCUUGAGCGAAAUGGAACAGCAAAAGAACGCCAGCCAAUCGAAGGAAGAGAAGCUUGAGCGACUGCGCACGCGUUAUGAGAACGAGAUCAAGUUCUUACAAGAACGCGUGGAGGCCCUGGAACGAGAGGUACGGAUCAUCCAAGAAGCCAGUGAACAGCAGCGUCACGCUGACGAAAUUGCGUCCAAGCUCGCGCUCGAGUCCAAAGACAUGGAAAUUGACAACCUUAAGCUCCGUCUCCAGGCAACUAGAAUGCAUACCAGUGAGAAAAGUGACGUGUUGGAGAUCAUGAAAGACCAGCUUGACGAGCGCACCAGGCAGAUUACUGACCUCAUGGAGCAGCUGCGGAUGCUGAAAGAGAGUUAUCACCUCGAGUUAGGCAGCUUGCAUGCCGACCUUAAAUGCGCUCAGAUGGAAAACAUGCUGCAGAAGCGCGGAGAGCUUAGUGGAAGCUUUGGAUCCAGGCAGGAAUCAGAGUUGCUUGACGCCAUCAAACAAAGCAGAAAAGAAUCCGAACGACUGAGAAACCUUCUUAAACUCAAGAUGAAAGACAUGAAGUCCCUGAGAAAGCAUAUUCUCUCCGAGAGAGUAAGUGGAACUAGAAAACCUGGAUAUACAACGUAUCAGAUCGUCGAUGCAAAGAGCGAUAUCAAGGGAAGUCAACAACAGUUUGACGCACUCCAAGAAAACAUGUUACAGUUAAAGAGAAGAACGUUUGAACUGGAAGCAAACGAAAGAGCAACACAGCAACUCAUUCAAGAAAAAGACAGAGAGCUGUUCGCCAGCCAGUUAAAGAUCGACGAGCUUGAAAAGUUGUACGACACCGCUAACGAGAAAAAGACGGAGCUAUUUACAAAGCUCUCCGGAGCGGACGAACGCAUAGCAAGCUUGGAAAACGACUGCAAGGAAAAAGCUGUGGAUAAAGCCAACCUUGAACACGAAAUUACAGCGCUGAAGGACAGUGUGAAAGACAAAGCUACAAGGUUAGAGAAAACAGAAAAGGAAUUAGACGACUCCCGUGAGAAAUGCGAAGAACUCGAGAUCCAGCGAGGAAGCCUUCAAGCAACCAACGAGAUCCUAAAACAUCAAUUAGACGCCACGAAGAAGGAGUGCUCACAAUUUCAGGCAUUGCUUCAGAAAGAAAAAGAGCUUUGUAGUACUUUUAGUGGUCAACUGAACGAAGUAAAAAGCGAAAAGGAGAUCCUCGAUCGUGAGUUGAAGGGGGUCCUUGAACAGAAGGAUCACAUACAACAGAUGCUGAAUAAAUCGGAAGAAAACUUGAACACUGCUGAAGGCAAAGCUGCGAACUCCUUCCACGAGAUCGAGAAUCUUAAACGACAGAUGAUCAAGGUCCAGAGUAGCGCAUGCGCUGAUUCUGCGCGCAAACAGCUGGAGAUUGGCAAGCUCAGAGCUGAGGCUGAGUCGCUCGGAAAGGAGUUAAAGGACAAAGAAAGAGAGCACAAUGAGAGCCUCACCAAGUUCAAAGUUACAGAGAAAGAGAACGAGUUCCUGAAGAAAGACCUGGCGCAGAAGCACAACCGGGAAUCGGAGUUGAAACUCGACCUUACAUCCACCAAUAGCAAACUCCAGAGUUAUGUAAUCGAAAGAGAAUGCUGGGAACGAGAAGUGAAGUCUGUCUUGAGCGAAAUGGAACAGCAAAAGAACGCCAGCCAAUCGAAGGAAGAGAAGCUUGAGCGACUGCGCACGCGUUAUGAGAACGAGAUCAAGUUCUUACAAGAACGCGUGGAGGCCCUGGAACGAGAGGUACGGAUCAUCCAAGAAGCCAGUGAACAGCAGCGUCACGCUGACGAAAUUGCGUCCAAGCUCGCGCUCGAGUCCAAAGACAUGGAAAUUGACAACCUUAAGCUCCGUCUCCAGGCAACUAGAAUGCAUACCAGUGAGAAAAGUGACGUGUUGGAGAUCAUGAAAGACCAGCUUGACGAGCGCACCAGGCAGAUUACUGACCUCAUGGAGCAGCUGCGGAUGCUGAAAGAGAGUUAUCACCUCGAGUUAGGCAGCUUGCAUGCCGACCUUAAAUGCGCUCAGAUGGAAAACAUGCUGCAGAAGCGCGGAGAGCUUAGUGGAAGCUUUGGAUCCAGGCAGGAAUCAGAGUUGCUUGACGCCAUCAAACAAAGCAGAAAAGAAUCCGAACGACUGAGAAACCUUCUUAAACUCAAGAUGAAAGACAUGAAGUCCCUGAGAAAGCAUAUUCUCUCCGAGAGAGUAAGUGGAACUAGAAAACCUGGAUAUACAACGUAUUAAUGAAAAGACGUUAACGACUUUGCAAAUGAAAAAUUGAACCGUCGAGUUACAUUUUACUAUAAGAAAAUAAUAUUACAAAAACAGUUAAAACAUCACAAGCAAUGCUUUUCACGACCGAACGUUUUGAAACUUUCGAGCAAGGCAAUAAGUUCGUUUGUCCAUGCUGGAUAUCACAUAUUUACCCUGUGUGCAAUAAGAUACUUAAGUAAGAGACCUUACGUUUAAUAAAUAAUUUAUCAUAAGCAGUACUUUUUAAGACCGAACGUUUUGAAGUUUUCGAACAAGGCAAAAUGUUUGUUUAUCGACGCUGGAUAUCACAUAUUUACCCUGAGUGCAAGAUACGUACGUCAAGUAAGAUAUAUUACGUUCAGUAAAUAAUUUAUCAGAAGCAAUGCUCUUUACGACCGAGCAUUUAGAAAUUUUCAAACAAGGCAGUUAGUUUGUUUCUCGAUGCAGGAUUUCACUUAUUUACCAUGUGUGCAAGAUACGUGAGUCAACUAAGAUACAUUACGUUUAAUAAAUAAUUUAUCGAAGUUUUACAAAGUAAUUAUAACUUCAAGAGAGAAAAAAGUAAUUUUCUGUACAAAAAAGCUACUAAUAUAUUUAACUCGAACGCUAUUUUUGUACCAUUUUGUAUACGAAUUUAUAUUUAAAGGCGUUUUUUGUGUGCACAAGACUCUGUAUUUCAAAGAUCUGAUUCCAGGCACACUUCCGUGUUGUGUGGCAUUAUUAUAAAUAGGAGAAAAGAACUUCUUAUUCAACUAUAAGUAACAUUUCUGAUUAUGCUAUAAACAGUAUUUGUAAAUAAGCUUAGGAUUUGAGUGCAUUUUCAAUAAAGAUAUCAAAAUUUAA